AUGGCCAAGAACCUGAUGCUGGGUGACCAAGCCCGUGCAGAAGCCCAGUAUGCAGAGGAUGUCCCAGGACCUGGGAUUUCCAGAGCCGAGCCAGGACACCCACCAUGGAAGCCUGAGACCCAUCAGCAGCCCGCCUCUCAGGCGGGGCACUGGUGCCCUGUGCGGCGUGGCAGUGCAGCCCUAGGAGUCCUGGGGCUGCUGGCUGGUGUGGGCAUUGGCUCCUGGCUUCUAGUGCUGUACCUGUGGCCAGCCGCCCCUCAGCCUGCUUCCGGGAACUUGCAGGAUGAGGAGAUGUCUCUAAACUGCUUGGGGGCCAUCAGUGAGGACACCCUGCUUCCUUCUCCUCCCAAAGCAGUGUCUUUCAGGAUAACCCCCGAAGACUUCUUGUUGGAAGUGCAGGGGAGGGCUCCGCCAGCCUGGCUCCUGGUGUGCCAAGAGGGCUGGAGCUUGGCCCUGGGGAAGAAGGUCUGCCGGAGCCUCGGGCACCUCAGACUUACUCACCACAAGGGUGUGAACCUGUCUGACAUCACGCUCAACAGCUCCCAGGAGUUUGCUCAGCUCUCUCCUGCACCGGGGGUCCUGCUGGAGGAGGCGUGGCAGCCCAGGAGCAAUUGCCCUUCCGGCCAGGUUGUUUCUCUCAAGUGCUCUGAGUGUGGGGCACGACCGCUGGCCUCCAGGAUAGUGGGCGGGCAGCCCGUGGCUCCUGGGCGCUGGCCGUGGCAGGUCAGCCUGGUCCUGGGCUCCCGGCACACAUGUGGGGGCUCUGUGCUAGCCCCCCACUGGGUGGUGACUGCGGCACACUGCAUACACAGUUUCAGGCUGUCCCGCCUGUCCAGCUGGCGAGUGCAUGCCGGGCUGGUCAGCCACAGCGCGGCCAGGCCGCACCAGGGUGCUGUCGUGGAGAGGGUCAUCCCGCACCCACUCUACAGCGCCCGGAACCAUGACUACGACGUCGCCCUCCUGCAGCUGCGGUCCCCACUCAACUUCUCCGACACCGUGGGCGCCGUGUGCCUGCCGGCCAAGGAGCAGCACUUCCCGAGGGGCUCAGACUGCUGGGUGUCGGGCUGGGGCCACACCGACCCCAGCCAUACACACAGCUCCGAUACACUCCAAGACACGAUGGUGCCCCUGGUCAGCACCCCGCUCUGCAACAGCUCCUGCAUGUACAGCGGGGCGCUCACUCCCCGCAUGCUGUGCGCUGGCUACCUGGAUGGAAGGGCAGAUGCUUGCCAGGGGGACAGCAGGGGCCCCUUGGUGUGUCCGGAUGGGGGCACAUGGCACCUGGUGGGGGUGGUCAGCUGGGGCCAUGGCUGUGCAGAGCCCAACCACCCUGGAGUCUAUGCCAAGGUAGCCGCCUUCCUGGACUGGAUCCAUGACACUGCACAGGUCCACUAGAUGGAAGAGAAGCCUCAGUAUCAGGAUGCAGGAGGUGCGGAUUUGCUGCUACCAGGCCACGGAGAGACAGUCAUCACCCACAGCCUGGACACUUGGCCACAGGCUCUGUUUCAGUCCCUCUUUCUCACCAGAAAGGAGCCCUGGUGGUGUAUGGGUUAUACGUUGGCCUACUGAGCACAAGGUCAGCUGUUUGGAACCACCAGCUGCACUGAGGGCGAAAGAUGAGGCUAACUGCUCCU